CGGCGCAGCGUGAUGACGUCGUGUUUACGGAAGUAGUUGUGUACUUGGAAGAUGGAGCAGAGACACCGGCAGAUCCUGCGGCAGAAUCGGGUGCGGCUGGUCACCUCCCUAGAGGUGAAGAGCCUCUGGGAUCCGCUGGUGGAGAAGGGGGUGUUCAGCAAUGACAUGAUCGAGGAGAUCCAGAUGGCGGGGACGCGGAGAGCUCAGGCUCGGAAAUUACUGAUCGACCUAGAAACCCGCGGCAGCGACGCCUUCCACCUGUUCCUUGUGUGUCUGCGGGACUCCGGGCAGCAGGACCUCGCCGACCUCCUACAGGAAACCGGGGGGUGGAGGGAGGUGAAAAAACCUGCUCCGCUCCCCCCAACACCCAUCCCCAUGAUUCCCCAGAGCAAGCGUCUUGUUGAUCAGACACCUAAACCCCUGGACAUGCAGACGGAUUAUCCCAUGAACUUUAACCCCUGCGGCGACUGCCUGAUCAUCAAUAACAUGGAGUUCUGCGAGUCGUCCGGCUUGACCUACAGAACCGGAUCGGACAUUGACCGCGAGAAGCUGGAGAGGCGGAUGCGCUCGUAUCACUUCCAAGUGACGGUGAAGAACAACCUGAAGGCAGCGGAGAUCCAUGAGGAGCUGCAGAACCUGGCCUCCAGAGAUCACUUUGAGCGUGACUGCUGCGUGGUGGUCAUCUUAUCCCAUGGCUGUGAGACCAGACACACACGGUUUCCUGGUGGGGUGUAUGCGGCAGACGGGGUGCGGAUCCCUGUAGAGCGGAUUGUGAAUUAUUUCAAUGGCUCCAAUUGCCCCGGUCUGCGAGGAAAGCCAAAGAUCUUCUUCAUCCAGGCUUGCGCAGGAGAGGAACAGGACAAAGGUUGUGCCGUGGACCUGGGGGAUUCAGGAGAUCAACCCUUUAAAUAUAGUACAGAUUCCUUACAAACCGAUGCAACCCCCGUACAUCCAGACCAGGAGGACUCUGAUGAGACGGAUGCCGUGGCCAGAUUGCCUACACCUGGUGAUAUCCUGGUGUCCUAUUCAACCUUUCCAGGUUUUGUAUCAUGGAGGGAGAAAUUAAAAGGUUCAUGGUACGUGGAGACUUUGGACGACGUCUUGGAUCAGUUUGCCAGGACCUUAGAUCUGCAGACAAUGCUGGUGAUGGUUGCAGACAGAGUCUCGGUUAAAGGAACCUACAAGCAGAUCCCGGGAUUUUUCAACUUUCUCCGGAAGAGAUUUUACUUCCAAACAGAUUGACGAUCGCCUCCUAGUGGUCAGUGCUGUGUUUGCAGGAAGAACAAGGAAUCAUCCAGUGUUUUCCAUCUCUUUCCCCAGGGAUUGGACUAUUUUGUUUUCCGCCUUAAUAAGGGGAUUAAAAUGAUCGGGGAUCUGCUGAUGUGGAUUUUUUAAAGGGAUUGUCCAGGAUUAGAAAAAUCUGGCUGCCUUCUUCCAAAAAAACAGCACCAAUCCUGUCCAUGGGUUGUGUCUGGUGCUGCAUCUCAGCGCCAUUGGAGUCAGUGGUGCAGAGCUGCAAUACUACACGCCACCCGUGGACAGGGGUGGUGCUAUUUUUGGUAGAAAGCAGCCUUUUAAGCGUCUUUCCCAGGUGUGAAGUGCUGUCACCGCCACCACUUUGCACAGGGGUAGUAUGAGGGCCAGUGACAUUAGGGCCCCUGCACCCCGCUGGCUGGUAUAGGUGCACGUUUUGUAUUUUUUUCAUGAAAAGUAAA